AUGGACAGCACAUAUGCCGGAGGGGCUACGGGCACUCUCCCCAUCGGGUGUACCCGACACGUGGUAGCCGUGGGAGCCAUACCGAAGCCGCAAGGCGAUGGACCAGAUGAGGUCACUGUCGCCGAAAGUCCAACCAAGAUACCUCUCGGUGUCACAUACCCCAUUACCCCCUCGUCAACUCGCACCGGCACCGUCAAACACCCCUACUUCACCUUCGAGGUCCCCGAUGCCGACGAUGGACCAACCAUCUUCCAAUGGCAGAUUCACCCUAGUCAACACGGGCGCUUGCGGUAUACACUUGUCCGCAACCCCGAGGAAUCCGGCAGUCCUGAUGUCCAGGGGGUAUACUACCACCUCGGGCUCGACGACUCGUUCGCGCUGCCAUACAGUGAGGGUAUAUUGCUUCUUCCUAGUCGCCAGAGCUCCGAAGAAAGUGUCGUAGUGACCAGUGCUCUGGCCAUGCUGUGGCGGUUGCGGGAACUCCACAGCGGGAAGGGUAGGGUUGGGAAGGGGAAGACGGAUAGCAAAUUGAAGCGGCUGUUUGGGAAGAAGUAA